AUGGCGAUCGAAGACUCUGCACCAGUCGCUGCGAGCGAGCAGCAGCCGACGACGACAACGUCCCAGCCCACGGCCGAGACACAGAGCCUGCCCAUCCGAAGUCAAGAAAAGACAGCGAGCGGCGACUUUGACAUCGUCGCCGAGUACCACUCCCAUCUGCGCGACCACGAGUUCACCAAGCCUGUCGCCGCCAUCGAGGCCCUCGUCGCCCUGCUCGCCGCCAGCAGCUAUACAACCGUCUUUGAGACACUCGAGACGGUCAAGCGUCAUUCAGAAACCCUCCGCGCCUCGGUCAAGAACCCGGUGCCGCUCCAGGCCGGCACCGACCUCUUCCUGCAGUACCUCGUCUCCUCGCUUAAGCAGCAGGAGGCCAGACGGCAGCGCCCGGCGGCGGCACCACCCACCACCAGAGCUUCGAGGAUGUGCUCCGCCACCUCGUCCGCAACGGCCGCCUCUUCGCCGACCGCGCCAUCGCCGCCCAAGGACCUCGGCUACGACCAGACGGUGCUCGACUUUCAGACCGACCGCAAGAGCGACGUACCCGUUGAUGCCGUCGACUACACACCGCCCGAGUACAUCACGAACCUCGUCACCGAAAACGGUCCCAAGCUCCCCGGGUACGUGUUGGAGCAACUGCUCGAGAUUUACGGCGCUCUCAACGGUUGA